CCGGUCUGCCCACUUAGCCCUCUUAGCGAGUAUGUACAUAUAUUAGUUCAAGACUACGACGGAAACACACUCUUACGUUACGUUGCAACUAUUUGCCAAAACGAGACGGAUGCCAAUAUUUCAAGACGUCGUAACAUCUCCAUAAGGAAUAAUAAUAGGCAAACAGCUCUCCAAGUUGCGGCCGAGCACGAGCUGUUCACGUGCUUCUUGACGCUGGCGCUGAUAGAGAUGCACGAACGAAGCUGAGAACCCCUCUCCAUAUGGCAGCUGUUAAGGGACAUCUAAACGUCGUACACUACCUACUGCGUCAGGGAGCGAGUCAUGAUGCUUUAAACCGAUUUGGAGAUACGCCGUCGUUUGAUGCGGCAGAAAGAGGAAAUCCUACUGUUAUCCAAGCUCUGAUCCACGACCUGCGAGGCCCACUAAAUGGUAUCAUAUGAAAAGGGGAUGUGUCGUAAGUGUUACGCCAAAAUGUAGUUCGAUCAAAUUCUUUAGAUGAGAAUUCCUAUUCUCUCAAUUUUGAUAGGUUUUGAUUUGAAUAAUCCAACUUAUUAUUUUGUUCAGUUGAUACAGUCUCUUAUGUCCUUUUCAUUAGAUAUUUUGUAGGGGGAUGAGAAAAAUUAGGGAAUAACCUUGUAAAGAGGGGUUGAAAGGAAAUUUGUAUGCAAAAUCAAUUUUUCCAAGGUGUCCAGUUUCUUAUAUCCAGGAGUUGCCUAUGGCAGG